AUGUCCACUACUGUUCAAACUACAGUGUCAGAAGCGCCGGUUGAGGUGCCCAAAUUCAAACCUCAGCCAUCCGGUCCAAAAAGACUGUUCCGUCAAGAGGGGCUGGUGUAUGGUGAUUGGCGUGACGAUAUCAUUCGAGAUGGAUACGUCGUAGUCAAAGGUGCCAUCCCUCGUGAUCGCGCGGAUGGCUAUGCUGACGAGAUGAUGUCCUGGCUUGAAAACUUUGCUGGCGGGUUGGGGUUCAAACGCGAUGACCCAUCGACCGUUGUGGAAUCAAAGAUGCCCAUAAUCAACGAGAAGGGCAUGUGUCUUGGAUACGGUGUUGCACACGAAACCUUCGCGUGGUCGGUGCGCCAGGAGCCGGGAGUUGUUGGAGCCUUUGAGAAGGCGUAUGAUACAAAGGACCUUAUCGUUUCUUUUGACGGAACAAACAUGGCAUUCCCCAACCGCAAAGACCUCAAGGAAAACAACCCCUGGCCACACCAGGAUCAAGAUCCGGAAAAGCCCGGUUUCCGAUGCUUGCAAGGGCUUGUAAAUUUGCUCCCCAACGGGGACAACGAUGGCGGCCUCAUCGUUUGCAAGGGCGCUCAUCUUCUUAGCGAGGAAUUUCAUGAGGAGUUCAAGGAUGAGCCCAACAAGAUCUGGGCGUGGACCAAAGAAUGGUACGGCUUCACCAAGGAAGGCAUGAAAUGGUUGGAGGACAAGGGCUGCGAGUGGGUGAAACUCAACGCCGAACCUGGUGACCUUCUCCUCUGGGACAGCCGCACACCUCACUACAACCUUAGCCCAACAGGCUACAAGCCGCGUUUCUGCAUAUACACAUGUUAUAUGCCCGUCGCCGAAGCUUCGGAAGAGGACCUGUUGCGGAAGAAGGACGCGUUCUACACAACUCAGAGCACCACUCACUGGCCCAAUGCUAUGCACGUAGGUGGGUUACCUAUCAUCCGUAAUAAUGAACCCUGUCCCUAUAACACGGGUAAGCCGAGGAAGCCUGUAGAGUUGUCAAAGCGAGGAUUUGAAUUGACAGGAAUUCCAUAUAUCGGGACAUUGUCAGCUUGA